AUGACUACGUCUCCUCUGCUUGCGCUCCCGCGGGAGCUCCGCGAUAUGAUAUGGGGCUUCGCUCUCGAGGAAGAUCCACUCGAGCCAGGAUACUUCGAGGCCCUGGCCCGGGGUCGGUCCGAAAACCCGUACCCGUAUCCCGAGAAUCGACCUGCACUCCCGCGGGAGCUUCGCGAUAUGAUCUCGCGCUACGCUCUCGAGGAGGAUCCACUCACGUCACGAUCUUCCACCGCCCUGGCCGAGGGUCAGUCCGAAAACCCGCAUCCCGAGAAUCGACCCUUCACUACCGUGAAGGCUCUCCUGGAUCACCUCCCUGCCCUCUGCCACACUUCCUCCCAGGUCUUCGAAGAAACGACACCAUUCUUCCUUUCCAACCAGACUAUCGUCCUCAACAACACCCGCGAGAUCGUCGCACUAGUCCUGCUCCUCAAGUGUAUUCCCAACGAGGGCUUCAACGCCAUUCGGCGUCUGCAGCUUGGAGGCGAAAAUAUCCUGCACCGAUGGCGCGGCGCGAACAUAGACUUCACCAUCCUGCAGCUCUUCCCGAAGCUCGAAGCCGUCUUCCUCGAUAUUAGCAAGUGCUGCUUCGAAGAGCUGUUCGAACCGGCAACGGACUACUGGUAUGUCCUCUUAUACCUCGACAGAACUUCCGAAAAGCUGAACUUGAACGGCCUUUUCGAGUGCACUUUGAAGGAGGUUGUCGUCGUCCACGACGGUCGAGGCAACUACUCCGCCUAUCUCAAUGGGAUUCUGCUUGCCCCAGGUGCGACGCAGGUCGAGGAUGAUGCGGGUGAGCCGACGAAGCUGGCGCACUGGAUACAGAGCCAGUUUAAGGAGAAGGGCCGGGAGGUCAAGGCUACGACGGGGGAAGCUCCGUACUGGAGGCCUCAGUUUGAUGAGGAGACUCGCGGUCCGACUAUGCAGGAAUUUCACGGAUUUGCUGCUUUCUGGCCUUCUAAUUGA